UGUUGCUAAGUCGGCUUUGCUUUCCAACUACAUUUAAAUGAUUACAAUUUUGGCUUAUAAAAUCAAUUUGACAUUUGUUGUAGGCUUAAAUAAAUUCCAAAAAUAAAUACAUCUAAAAAUUGAAGAACAACAUGUUCUCGUUUGCCUUCUGGAGAAGCGAGGCAAAGAAAAAUCAGCGCGAGAAUGUCUCGCAAAUCUGGAAGGAAUUAAAUGCAACAUUUGUGACCUUCCUCGGUUGGAGCUGGUUAAUUUACACCAUUGCCGUUAUUGUCAUCUCCAUUUGUGGCUACUUCGCGUACUGCGAAAGCUGUCGAAGAACUGAAAUUGCAAGACGUAGACGCGUUAUUCAGCGCGCUCAGGAAAGACCGCCACAGAAGAGACGACCGAAUGCCGCGUAUCGCGAUCAUCAGAUCUAUCGUCACAUCAUCCUAAGUGUGGCCAAGUAUAUGAAGAAUCCAGAGGGAGUGCGUCCAUUCAUCGAUCACAUGGAUCAUCUGUAUCCACUAAGGCACUCGCAGGCUGAAAUGGCUUUGAAUAUUGGCCACAGUGGCACAGAGGCAAACGCAACACAGAUUUAGUCAAUAAUUAUAAUUCGAUAAAAAUUUUUGUUUAAAUUAGAAAAUGAAUAUGCUUAACACUGUAAAAUAGUGUAUACAAAAUUAAUAACACGCACACAAAAAUAUAUAAAAAGU